AUGGAGCGAGAGGGUAGCAGCAAGGCUCGGUCUGCAGGAAACUUUGGUGGUUCUUUUGGUGGUGAUGGUGGUAGGUCAGCAUUUAGGGGAGGGUCAUCAGGGCCAUCCCAGUCUUUUUCUCAGUCUUUAGUCAGCGCAACGCUAUCAGGGCCCAGUCAGCAGCAGUGGAGUCAUUUUAGGCCCGGUCAGGGCAACGCGGGAUCCUACCAACUAGGCCGGCCUGGUGAGAGGUUCCAGCAGCAGAAGAGGCCCCCAUGCCCUAGGUGCGGGAAGAUGCACUUGGGAGUUUGCUACAUGAACCUACCCAUAUGCUACGGGUGUGGAUUGAGGGGUCACAUUCAGAGAGAUUGUCGUCCGUCCCGCCAGGGUACGGCAGGGGCACGACACAGCCAGCCAGUUCUACAGCUACUACAUCCGUAA